CAUACCAAAAUAAAAACUUAGUUGGUCUUUAAGGUGCUACUGAAGGAAUUUUUUAUUUUACUUUGACCCAGACCAACACGGCUACCUACUUGUAGCCUAGAACUUAAAAUGAGUAAAUGAAUUAAACCUCUGAUACUAGAGCCUAGGUAACAGUAUCUAAAUUUAUCACAUCUGCAUAAAUUUUCUGGCUUUUCUGGCUAGAAAUACAAAUCAGACAUCUAGAUGUUUAUGCUUAAAAUUAAAAUAAGUUAAUAAUCCUGGUAGUGUUUGCACAGCUAGAUGCCACUCUGGUUACAGCUUUCUUUGAAAAGGGGAUGUGGAAAGAAAAGGUGCAUUGAACAUCUGGUUUCUCUGCAGCAUCAGCAUGGGUACGUUUGAAUGGGUUUAGGAGCAUGAACUUUUCUUUAAACCCCCAUUUGGGCAAAAUAAAAAAAUUCCUUCCAGUAGCACCUUAGAGACCAACUAAGUACCCUAUUUGGGCAUGCAUCCUCACAAUUACAAAUGCAUAACAGGGAAGAGUGGGGCUACAGUCAUUGGCCCCACUCCCUCUGUCGUGUCCCCCACUGCCUGGCUGCACCGCAUUCUUUGUAUUGGAGGAGAAAGUCUGAAGUGGAGCACCUACUCUAUAGGCUUCUUGUGUGGUUUAGAAAUGGAACAUACACAUGUAGAACAAGCUUCCCACUUUAGACUUUGCCCUUCCAAUAUGUGUAGGGUGGCAGGGCUGGAUAGUGGGUUCAACAGAGGUGGUACAGCCAGCAAUGAAGUCCAUCUCCCCCUACCCAAGACAAUUGUAAUCUCCAUGGCACAAGCAAUUCAUGUAUCGUAUUUUUACAAGGGCAUAUAAAAUGUUACAUGUAUGCAAAGUUUUUUUUGUUUUUCCUCAAGUUAUUAUUAUUGUUUGAUUUAUUGUUGUUGUUGUUGUUUAGUCUCCUGUCCAACUCUUCGUGACCCCAUGGACCAGAGCACGCCAGGCACUCCUGUCUUGGUUUGAUUUAUUACCUAUCCUUUUAACCAUAUGGUCCCUGGGUGGAGCACAACAAUCUAAGCAAAAUCAGAAACAAUUUUAAACAAAUUGCUAUCACAAGAAUGGGGUGGGUCCUAAAAAUGUACGUGUCAAGUGUCAAAAGGCUGGGAUAAAGAGGUGCAUCUUCAGUAUGUAAUGAAAACUGUAUAUUGAAGUUGCUGGAUGUAUCUUUGGGAUGGAAUUCCGCAGCUUAGGGGCUGCCACAGAGAAUGCCUCCUCCUGGGUCACUACCCCUGAACUUCUCAGGGCUGUGGAACUACCAAGAAGGCCUAGAACAGGCAUCCCCAACCUGCAACCCUCCAGAUGUUUUGGUCUACAACUCCCAUGGUCCCUAGCUAGCAGGGCCAGUGGUCAGGGAUGAUGGGAAUUGUAGUCCAAAACAUCUGGAGGGACGAAGGUUGGGGAUGCCUAGCCUAGAACCAUAUUUGAUGAUCUAGUCUAGGAGUGUGCUCUGUAUUUUUCAUUAACUUCCUGUUGUUCAUUUGCAUUCUAGCCUUCUCUUGCUCUAAGGCAGGUGCUACCAGUUUCUUCUUCAGCUCUAGCCUGGCCACAGGUGGUUUUUUUUAUCAGUCAAAAAUAUAAUGGAAACUAAAGGGUUGGGCUUUGAUGUGAGAUAUCUAGGUAAAAAUUCUCACUUAGUUGUGGGUGAUCAUGGCCUAAGAUAGGAUUAUUUUUCUUUAAAGCAGCAGUUGUUUCAGUUGGUUUGUAUAUAUGGUGUGCUGCAGUGCUCCUCCUUCAGCAUUCUAAAGAAUGGCAAUCUUUAAGAUCUGUUAGAGUAUGGGGGAAAUUGUGGAGGUUCUUCAGCUGUCUUAGCGCCCCCACUCUGCUCUGAGGAAAGACACUAGCAUCUUCCAUCAGAGUGCAACUGGGAAGACUGGCUGAGUUAGCCUUGGAUAAUUCCAUAGUUGUAAGGAAAAGCAGCAACAUUUGGGCAUUAUUAGUUCAAAAGCUGAUUAAAGGGUAAUGAGACAUGGCAGAGGUUAUAAAAUUAUGCAUGAUAUGGAUUAAGUGAUUAGGAUAAGUCUACCAAUGCCAAUAAAUCUAUUGAACUUGAGCUGUAGAGGCAGUGUGUAUCCUAGUACCACUUGCAGGGGGAGCAGCAGAGGGAUAUGGUCACUGUUUUCAAAUCCUCCUUGUGGGCUUCCUAGAGGCAUGUGAUUGGCCACUAUAGGAAAACAGGAUGUUGGGACUAAAUGGACCGUUUCUUUGAUCCAGCACAGAUACCAUAUAUUCCGGCGUAUAAGAUGACUGGGCGUAUAAGACGACUCCCAACUUUUCCAGUUAAAAUAUAGAGUUUGGGAUAUACUCACCGUAUAAGAAAUACGACCCAGCGUACAAGACGACCCCCGACUUUUGAGAAGAUUUUCCUGAGUUAAAAAGUAGUCUUAUACGCAGGAAUAUACAGUGCUCUUAAGGGUCUGUAGUUAUUCUCCUUUUUACUAUAGAAAAUGAAGCUAUAGUCUUAUUUUUGCCAGUUUCUGUUGAAAAGCCCACAUCUGCAUUUUUUAAUUGGCCCUUUUAAAACCCACAAUUUAGUAUUUUUGCUGGGAAAGCAUUAGGAAAUUGGAAUUGGUGAGAUUUGGAAUGUUAACCUUGUGUUUGAGAUAGAAUAAUAGUUGAACAUUCUCUACAGUUUAUCUACAAAAGAAUUUACUUAGGGCUCUUCACAAAGGUGACUGUCAAUUUUCUUUUCGACAUGGUGGUGGAUCUUUGUAUAUAUGUAUGUUUCAGCCUAGGGACCCAGGUGGCGCUGUGGGUUAAACCACAAAGUCUAGGGCUUGCUGAUCAGAAGGUCGGCAGUUUGAUUCCCUGUGACAGGGUGAGCUCCCGUUGCUCGGUCCCAGCUCCUGCCAACCUAGCAGUUCGAAAGCACGUCAAAGUGCAAGUAGAUAAAUAGGGACCGCUCCGGCGGGAAGGUAAACGGCGUUUCCGUGUGCUGCUCUGGUUCGCCAGAAGCAGCUUUGUCAUGCUGGCCACAUGACCCAGAAGCUGUCUGCGGACAAACGCUGGCUCCCUUGGCCUAUAGAGCGAGAUGAGCGCCGCAACCCCAGAGUCGGACACGACUGGACCUGAUGGUCAGGGGCCCCUUUACCUUUACCUUUAUGUUUCAGCCUAUAGUUCUGUGACUGAUUUUUCUCCUGUUUCUCCUUUGCACUGUAGCUUCUGUGUCAUAUCCCAAGCUUCCUCUUUAAGUCCUCCAACCUAUAGGAGACCCAUCAGCUACCCCAGGCAUCCCCAACCUUCGCCCUCCAGAUGUUUUGGACUACAGUUCCCAUCUUCCCCGACUACUGGUCCUGUUAGCUAGGGAUCAUGGGAGUUGUAGGCCAAAACAUCUGGAGGGCCGCAGUUUGGGGGUGCCUGAGCUACCCUCACCUGGUUCAGGCAGCUAGUCAAAGCUAUUUCCAGGGUGUGGCUGCUGUCACAUGCUGACAGUUUUUAGGUGCCAGAGCUGAGUGCAGGGUGGGGACCAAAGGUGGGCAAACUGCCACAGAAGGAAUAUGACUUGUCCCCCACCAGUUGUACUACCCCUCCCCUAACACUCCAUACACCCAAAACUUCCAGUGUACACUCAGUAUAUCAUCCAUUUUCAGGCAUUUCCCCUGUAUUUUAAAAUGUUGAAUGUAACUUUUCACAGGUGUUUAAUCAGAAAUGACCGUGUAUAACCAUGUGCAAAAUAGGCAGUUGUAAAUUGAAGAAAUAUAUUUUGAUAGCACUCCAACCCUGAGCUAGAGAAGUUCUUAAUAUUUGAUGUUGUAUUGCGUUUUAAUUUGUUUGAAGCCACCCAGUGUGGCUGGGGGAACCCAGUCAGAUGGAUGGCAUAUUAUUAUUUUUCUUUACAGAGAUUGUUUUCUGCAUGUUACAUGAUUUAGAACUUUGGGGUCUCAACUGACCAUUAGUCCAGGAGUUGCAGAAUCUUCAAAAUUCCUUUCUAAAGAAAGUAUUGGCCCUCCCUGAUGGUAUUCCUACUGCAUAUAUCCAUGCAGAAGUGGGUUGGCCUUCUGCUCAGGCAAAAAAGCAAGUUCAGCUCUUAAAUUUUCAAAAGAGAAUGCUAACUAUGCCAUCUUCCCACUUGGUUUCUAUAGUUUAUGGCUCAUCCCCUUAAAUUCUGCUUUACACAUAACAUCCAGUGACAUAUAUCAAUCUCUGUUGAAUUUCCUUGCGUAUGAGAGAGCUUCUUUGAAUGAUGUGUAAACUAUCCAUUCUUUGAGAUUUUUUAGACUUGUAUCCAUUUUUCAAGGUAGACCAUGAAAAAGCUACCUAUUUGGAGUUAAUUACUCUGGCUCCCCAUAAAACUGCUUUUACGGAAUUAGGACUUUGUGUUUUACGCUCUGCCUUUUUGGAUGGCAGCUAUAAGAAAUUCUGCUUGGAACAGCAUUUCUGUGUGAGGUGUAAAACAGCAUUGAGGGCAUUGUUCACUAUAUUACUCAGUGCCCUCUAUAUGAGAUCCUGAUGAAGAAUACUUGCUGUGAGUUUACUCACAGAAAUAAUUUUGUUACGCCAAGUGAGUUUGUGUGCUUUUUACUGUUAGAGAAGGUUUAAAUUGCGUUACCUUGUGUGUCUCUGUAUUUGUGCUAGCUGCUAGGAAAUUGGAGAGUCAUAUUUGUGGCUCAUCUUUGAGUGUUUGUUAUCCUUGAUGUGGUUUAUAGCUAAACAAAUAAAAUUGCUACUAGUACUACUUUGAUAGCUGAAGCUUAGGGUUCAUAAAGGGAUUUGAAAAACUAACAUUAAACCAAGCCUUUAAAUUGUUGAAAAUUUCUUAACUUGGGUGAUAUUCUUUUUUUCCAUUAAAAAAAGCCUUUACUGUAUUUAUAAUAAACAAUGUCACAACAAUUAAGAAAAAGUAAAUUUCCAAUUUCAACUACUUAGUAGAAACGUAUACACGAAACCAAAAGAAGAAAAAAGAAAGCAUAGAAAAAAGAAAUAUAUCUUACAAUGCAAAGAUAAAACAAUUUAGGACAAAUUAUGAAUCAGCACCAUAAUCCUCUUUGCAUUAUCACAAUACAAAAAAUACAAACAAAAUAUUGACUUCCAUCAACCGCACAGCACUUCACUUCCAUCUUGUUCAUCUAACUGUUUUCUUCCCCCCCUUUAUAUUUUACUUAAAUGUAUGUUAACGUAAAUCAUCCUUCAACCUUUUGACUCUUCAUGAGUUCAAUCUAAACUCAACCAGAUAUUCAACUUUGAAUCUUGUUUCUUAAAAUACUCAUUCAGACAUUCCCAUUCUUUUUUCACUAAGCUUUUAGGUUUAUGUCUUACUAUGUCUGUUAAUUUGGCUAAUUCUAAAUAUUCACAUACUUUACAGAGCCAUUCCUCUGUAAAGGAGGAUAUCUGUGGGUAUCUGUUUUCCUUUCCAAUAUUUCGCAACCAACCUGGGUGGUAUUCAACUCAAUUUUACCCAUAGUAGACCCACUUGAAAUUGGUAGCCCAUUAGGUGUUCUCUGAGUAAAACAUCGUUGAAUACCGCUCCCUGUCAUUACUGUUAUGUUAUGUACACACUUGCACAAUUUUCAGUUGCACACUACAGUGGUGCCUCGCUAGACGAAAUUAAUUCGUUCCACGGGUCUUUUCUUAUAGCGAAAAAAUUCGUCUAGCGAAUCCCAUAGGAAUGCAUUGAUUUUUUUUUGGAUUUUUUUUGCCCAUAGGAAUGCAUUAAUUGAAUUCCAAUGCAUUCCUAUGGGAAACCGCGAUUCGCUAGAUGAAUUUUUCGUAAAACGCAUUCGUCUAGCGAGGCAAGCUCUGCUCGAAAAAUCCUUUCGUUAAGCGGAAAUUUCGUUAAGCAGGGCAUACGUUAAGCGAGGCACCACUGUAAUUACUUUUUUCGUAUGGGGGCAGAUAGCUUCAGCAACUGGCAGCAGUUGCGGGUACGGGUAGGGUGCAAAAAACUGAUAAGUAGUUUCCCUUGUCCUGAUGCAUUUUGCAAAGAAGAUUAUUUCCCUGCAUUUCUGUUGGUGUAUCAUCAUUCUCUCAGAACUGUGCAUACCAUGGGCUGGAUGACGGCCAUUGAAUUUGGACUUAACUGGAGAGUUUCAGAAAACUAAAAUGUUUUUAUCUGGUUUUGCAACCACGUUUUCUUUUUUUCUUUUUUAGUUAUGAAUGCUUAAAGCAAACCUUUAUAAAAGCUUAUCUGGGUGUCCACAAGCCUUUUGCCCAGACCCUGUUUUCUGUGCCUUUUAGCCCCUACUGCUUCUCCAUUGUUUUGUUUUCUUCAACAACCAUGAACAUUGGUGCCACAGAGUGAUAAAAAAAUAAAGCUGUGUUUAUCAUGAUUGUAAAAAUAGUGCAUCUGCAUCAAGAACUAUGUUUUGUUUUUCACGCACUUAGUUUUGUUUUGUACCUCAUUUUCUACUUUUAUAAAUAAAGUUUUUGAAAAUAAAAAUGAACAAUGUUUUGCUACAAUGGUGACUGUUGAAAUUGUUUGGCAGACUGGUGUUCAGUAGCAUGCACAGUUUCCUGAUGACCUAUGUAAGUUGCACUUCUUCCGAAUUCGCAAUUACCAUUUGGAAUAUGUCUUUUCUUCUUGCCAGAUACAAUUCAUGCCAUUGCCAGAAGCGUUUACCAAAUCAUGCAAGAAAGAUGUAGUUAACAGUUUAACCGACCUUUAGAUGUAGAAAGAUCUUGUGGACGGUUUGCAGAUGUGUUCAUUAUACACUUUGUCAGAUUAUUAGAAUUCUGUUUAUAUAUUAUUGUUUUGGGAGUAGGUGAAUGUUGGAAGCUGGCUUUUAGAUUUAUAUGCAGAUUUAUAUAGUUAUGCAGAAGAAAUAAUGAUACUUGAUUUAUUUAAUCACAUCACAAUCAGGCAUGACUCAAAAUCAGAAUCCAGUGCAGAACUUUGCAGGUAGAGGCUGAGUCUCAGGGUCAUCUAAUAAGUUCAGUGGGACAAAGUACACAAGUUUCAACAUGAGCUGAGAGGCACAAACCCUGGUAUCAUCAGGGCAGAUGGGUGGAUUAACCCAUUUCCUAGUUGUGUCACUGAGUAUUUGCCUAACCUCAUCAUAAGACAGAAUUUGGUGCAGGGACCUCAUCAUAUGUUCUCUAAUGCUGCCAUGAGAGGGAGGGGCCCUUAAGGGUCGAUACAUUUUCAGCAUUGGUAAAGCAUGAAAACUGGCCACAUUACAAGGUAGGGAAUGAUGGCUUUGCUUGCUGGGAAAUGGGUGUAUAUUCUCUUUCCUGGUCUCUUCUCAAGGAACAAGAGAUUUGGAAACAUAUGGCGCAACAGCCAAGUGCAGUUUUAAUAAAAACUUUGCCAGUGAAAAACAAAAUGCACAAAUCUAUGGUAGCUAAGUUUUAGAGAGAGAGUAAAUUAUUGAAGCUCCAUUAUCGUUCUUUCUGCUUGUAAAAUGGUACUCUGGAACUAUGGUUAUAGUGUUUUCAAGUGGAAAGUUACAUUUGUACAGAAGGAAUGAUUGGAUGAAAUCAUGUUAGUGCAAAGUUAGCAUAUUUUACAUGCAAGUGAGCUUCCUGCUUGAAAUCUUUUGUGCCUGUCAAUUUGAAGUUAGAGGUGUUUUGUGUGCAGAUCUUAAGCUUGUUCAUUUGCUAGUUUUCUUCUAGAUGAGCCAGUGUAGACUCUCAAAGCUUUGUCGGAUAAAGAAAACCACAGUAUUUCAAAUGUUUGAGAUAAUUUCUUUCCACACCAGGAAUUAACUAUGCCACCUCAUUUAAUGUAACCAACUGUUCAUUUCCAACAUGGUGGUGACUUAUUUUAUGGAAAGAAUAGCAAUUUUCAUUCCUUAUUGGAAAAAUAUUUACUUUAAAAGGGAAAGAGCAUAGGAAAUGAAAUGUUAAAGUCUUCCUCAACAUUGUGUAGCUUGGAACGUUGUUGCCAGAAACAGUGUGGAUUACUUGCCUAAUGUAGAUUACUUUUAUGGCUCUCUACAGAAACAUUUAUUUUCCCCUUCCCUUCCUGGUGGAAGCAGUGUUCUGUGGAAUUCAAAAACUCACAAACUGCUUUGUGAAUUUUGUUUGUUUCUAAUAAAACUACUAUUUUACUGUUACUGAUUGAAAUUUAUUUUUCUAUCCAAUUACAACUGUUUACUGCUGUGGGUAUUUACUAAUCAAUGGGGUGUCAUUCUGUUUCAAAAUGUCAUUUUCAUUUUCAUUUUCACAUCACACAAGCUUGUAAAAAUUUCCUCAAUAUGGUUUACAAUUAAAAAGAUAAUGCAGAAUUGCAUAUUAGAUAAUAGUGAUUCCAGUCUGUUGCUGUUUUCGGGUGGGAUUUAGUCACAUACUGGCAGAUUCAGGUUGUGCAGUUAACUUGACUUAGAGCUCCUGCAUCCACUUCCACAGAAGACUGGACUUUUUAUAAUAAGGAAAGAGAUGUGGAACUUCAUUGGAAAGUGUGUGAUAAGAUUUGCUUUGAUGCAAUGGAGUUUGUCCCUCAGACAAAUUAGGGUGCGUACUCAUUAAAUAGCAAAUAUCUAACCUCCCUGCAAACAAAUCAGGAUGAAUGCUUACUAAACAAGUUGUCUGGAAGCAACCUAUGUCAAAGAACAUGGUUAGACAGUUACGGGCUGAACAGAUUAGUGGAUGUUAUACAGAAUAAAGAUUCUGAUAGUUUCUAGCUGGCUAGAAUCUUCUUGGUAUGUACUUUUUCAUUUUUAGAUAGACUUCCUGCUGAGUGGAUUAAAAGAGUACUUCAUUUUAAUGUAUCUGGUAAAAUAGGCAUACAUAUUUUCAUUUGGAUAUUACAAAUAUUUCCUGAUCUUGUCACAAGACUACUGUUUCCAAUAGUCAGUAAUUGCAACCUACUAUCAAUUAAUUACAAAAGCUAUAUUAAAUUAUUCCAAAACUCUAAUGCCAAAUACACCUCUCCUGAUUACUGUACUUGAAUAAACCUAUGGAGCAGUAAAUUAAUCCUGGCUAUUAGUUCACUUUCUCCUAGACAGGGGUAUAGCAAGAGCAAGGAUAAACAGGGGUGAUGUGCUUCCAAAGCAGUUAAUGAUGUCCUCUCCUGGAGUGCUUUUUGCCAUUUCUCAGCACGAGAAACCAACAACAAACUAGGCCGAGGCAGAUUAUGUUAACUACUACUUUUGUUUUGAAAAGUCAAAAAUCCUCUUAUGACCAACCAAAAUGCCACAAAUAAAAACUUUUGAAUCCUCCAGGAUGAAUGUUAAACAAAGGGGGUAGGGAGAGAAUGCACCUGACAAAAAUCCCCUUUUGUUGUAUAAUUUUAGAAGUGUUCAUGGCUAUUGAAGGGUUGCAGUGCAGAGCACCAACACUUCAAACUCUAGCACUAUAACAGUGGUCCCAGACACCCUCUUCAAUCAAGGCCUCUUUGCUUUUUGGGAAAAGGCGGUGGCUAGAUGGGUAAGGGGUGUUAAUAUAGAAAGAGCAAUUUUGACCAUUAAAAUGACAACUAUAUAAUGGAGCAACUACACUUAAAAUUUAGAGUGGUACGAAGUGUUUUUUUUUUAAACCAGUGCAAGAAAAAAGCGUUUUGAUCCUUUCAGGUUCAGAACUGACAACCCUUUCUCAUGCCCUUAGAUAGUAUCUACCCUAGUGUGCUUUUGGGAUGCCACAGCUGAUACUGAAUGCAGCAUUACUUCCUCUGUCAGAGGUGGGUUCUUAGAAUCAUGUUGACACAAACGUUCUCCAGCCAUUGGCUUUUCAGACUUAAAGUUACAACUCAGGGUUCUGAUAUUGGUGUGCAAAGCAUUAAGUAGCGUGGGCAUUGUGUGCCUACAAUAACUCUCUCUUCCUUUUGCUUUUGACCUAUACCAUCUUUGUGCUGCGUUCAUAUGACAAGGAAGUGGAAAGACAUUCUUGGUGGUUGCCCCAAAAUGUAGCAUAUGUUCCCAUUGGUGACAUGCCUAAAACCAAAGCCAGGCAUCUUCCCAAAGCAAUUCAGGACCUUUGGGUAAAAAAGCAAACAAACAACCUAGUGAGUUUUAAAGGGUGUUUUUUAAAAAUGUGAGUAAAGAGAGGAUGUGAUUUUUCUUUCAAACUAUUUAAACCCUUGUGGCUUCUUAUAUUGGAACACGUGCAUUCUGUUUUUCUGCUUGUUGAGAAGCCAGAGAAGGUGUAACUUGAUCUUUGAGCCAUGUUUGGUAAAUACUAGUUUUGUGAAUACAUUAAGUUAUACUGUUAACCGAAAAACACUAUACCAGAUAUGUAGUUUAUUUUCCCCUCUUCAUUUCAAAUUGUUAGGCAGGAUUAAUGACCCGUAAACUCGUUUUCACUGUGAUCUGAUAAAAUGUUUGUUGGUCUUAACUUGCUCUUCUUGUUGAAAUGUUUCAAUAAAAUGGUUUCUCACAAAACCUUCUGUAGAAUGUAAGUAUUCAAAAUAUUUCCUACUGCUCGCUGCAUGGAUUACUGCCUAAUCCAUGGGUAGGCAAACUAAGGCCUGGGGGCCGGAUCCGGCCCAAUCGCCCUCUAAAUCCAGCCCGCGGACUGUCUGGGAAUCAGCGUGUUUUUACAUGAGUAGAAUGUGUGCUUUUAUUUAAAAUGCAUCUCUGGGUUAAUUGUGGGGCAUAGGAAUUUGUUCAUUUCCCCCCCCCCCAAUGGUAGUCCGGCCCCCCACAAGGUCCGAGGGACAGUUGACUGGCCAUCUGCUGAAAAAGUUUGCUGACCCCUGGCCUAAUACAAGGGAGCAUUUCAUUUGAAUAUAAAGCCCACCCAAAUUUCCAAAUGAUCUUGAAAAAUUGACUUGUGAAUAUCUUCUCACUGUACUAGCUUGGUGGAUUUGGGGAAAAGUGACACCCCUGCCUUAUCACAUUUCCUCCAUCAAAGUUUUUUUGAUAUAUACUACCUCGUCUUAAAAGAAUCGGAGUUGCAAGAGACUAGUAGUGUACUGGAAGGCUAAUGCAUUCACAGAUCUUCUCCCCCCCCCCCACCUUUUAACAGUAGACGCUGUGGGAAGUGAGUGAGUAGGAAAGGAACAAUAAGGAGAGGUGUUAAAUCUUUUUACCACCUCCACUUUGUGAUUCCACUAAACACCCUGACACAGCUAUUAGUCCUGGACGGGAAGUUUACUUAGUACCAAUGGAAGCAUCUCUCCCAACCAAGACUAAUAUCAUUUCAAGGAGACACUUUGGGAGGGACUAUAAUGUGGGGGAAAGGAUUGCACAUAGCUAAUCUUCUCACAUCCCCUUGUGGCUACUGUUGACAAAGGAGCAACAUUUCACCUCACACAUUUCAACAUCACAACUGUUUUGGCUCUGCAUGUGGAAGAAACAGUGCAGAUGAUCUGUAUUUGAAGAUAGGACUCUGUUGUUCCCUCAAGUAUGUUUGCUUGGGGGUCUCAUAAGUCUGAGUGAUAUUCCCAUGGUUUUAGCAUCUCCAGCGUGGGAAGAAGGGGCAUGCCUUCCUAUCUGAUGGCCACGUGGACAAAUGUGUUAGAUCUGUAAGGAAAUACUGUAAUAUUGUUUCUUUCUGCAGCCUAUGCAGACAAUGGGAAUCCUCCAGCAUGCAUCCAGGUUGGAAGAAACUGCAGCCGACUUGGCAGGGCUUUAGGCUGUUUCUGUGACUUGCUGAGUGAGAGAGGCAUAAGCAAUUUCUGCUUUGGUACUGCCGGACUGAAUGGUCACUUCUGGCUCAGGGCUUAAUCUACACACAUGGAACAGGUUGCUGCAUGUCCUUAAGAGGUGGCGGCAGGGCAAGGAUGCUGAGGCAGAAGAGAUGAUUGUUCAUUUGCACUAAGGCUUGGAACUGCCUGUUGAACAAAAGUCCUGACCAGGCAACAUACGAAUGGCCCAAGGAAGCCAACAAAUAAAUUUUAAGGUUUUAUAUGACCUGCGCCAAAAAUUUCCUGAGGUACCUGAAGUUGUUGUGUCCAGAUGCAUGUUACAGAAUAAUAAUAACCUGGAUGCCUGUUGCGCAGUUCUCUCUAAAGAGAGCACAAAAUAUCUCUACGGUGAAGGAGACAUUGGUUUUUCAGAUGAUUCUGGGAUUCCCGGUCUGCGAAAUCACAUGACAUCCCUUAAUUUGGAUUUGCAGUCUCAGAAUGUGAUUCUCCAUGGAAGAGAAGGAAGUAGAAUGAAUGGAAGUAGGACUUUAGCUCAUAGCAUUAGUGAUGGGAACCUUCAAACCAGCCAGUCCAACAGUGAACUGUUUCAUCAGGAACCACAGACAGCUCCAGUUCAGGUUCCACAUGGAUUCUUUGGCAUAUCGAAUACUGUUAGUACUUCUAAUCCAGGGCAGCAUUUUGGAUUUCACUUGGGCAGCAAAGGAACACCUGGCUUGGCUCAGCAAACACCUAGAUUCAACCCCAUUAUGGUAACUUUAGCCCCAAAUAUUCAGCCCGGACGGAAUACCCCUACAUCUUUGCACAUACAUGGUGUACCUCCAAUAAAUAGUCCACAAGGCAAUUCUAUCUAUAUUAGACCUUAUAUCACAAAUCCAAGUGGUACAGCUCGCCAAACUCAGCAAAAUCCAGGCUGGACGUCUCAGUAUAAUCCUAUGCAUUCUCAACAAAACUACCAGCCUUCACAUACAAAUCCCUGGACAACCCUUCCCACAACCAGUUCAUCGUCGCAUACCUCAUCGCAACAAUCAACACAGCCAAACCAGCAAGGCCAUCAGACCUCCCAUGUCUAUAUGCCCAUAAGUUCUCCUACUACUCCACAAGCACCUACAAUUCAUUCAUCUGGUAGCUCACAAUCUUCUUCCACCCAGAGCCAAUACAAUAUUCAAAAUAUCUCUACAGGACCUCGUAAAAACCAAAUUGAAAUCAAACUUGAACCACCACAAAGAAACAGUUCAUCAAAACUGCGUUCAACUGGCUCCCGUUCAUCCUCUAACUCCUCUUCCCUCAACAGUCAGACUCUAAGUAGAAGUCAGCCCACUGUUUACAUAGCUGCCAGUCCACCAAAUACUGAUGAAAUGACCACACGAAGUCAGCCUAAGGUCUACAUUUCAGCCAAUGCUUCUACAGGAGAUGAACAACUUCGGAAUCAACCCACACUCUUCAUAUCAACAAAUCCAGGAGUUACUGCAACGUCUAGGAAUAUGUCUGGUCAAGUAAGCAUGGGACCUGCGUUUAUUCACCACCACCCUCCCAAGAGCAGAGCAAUGGGCAACAAUGCCGCUGCCACUUCUCCCCGAGUGGUUGUUACACAGCCUAACACAAAAUACACUUUUAAAAUUACUGUUUCUCCAAAUAAACCCCCUGCGGUUUCACCUGGUGUGGUGUCCCCAACCUUUGAACCUACAAAUCUUCUAAACCUUCCAGAUCACUUUGCAGAGACGGAAGGUAUCCAACACCUUCCUGACCCUGUUUUAGCACAUGUCGAUAGGAUUAGUGAUGCACGAAAACUGAGUAUGGGAUCUGAUGAUGCUGCCUAUACACAAGCUUUGCUAGUACAUCAGAAGGCUAGAAUGGAACGGCUUCAGCGAGAACUUGAGAUUCAGAAGAAAAAGCUAGAUAAACUAAAAACAGAAGUCAAUGAAAUGGAGAAUAAUCUAACACGAAGGCGCCUGAAAAGAUCAAAUUCUGCUUCCCAAAUUCCUUCACUUGAAGAAAUGCAACAGUUAAGAAGUUGUAACAGACAACUUCAGAUAGACAUAGAUUGCCUAACCAAAGAGAUUGAUCUUUUUCAAGCAAGAGGACCACAUUUUAAUCCCAGUGCCAUUCAUAAUUUUUAUGAUAAUAUUGGAUUUCUAGGUCCUGUGGCACCAAAGCCUAAAGCAGAUCAGAGGUCCAUUGUCAAAACACCAAAGACUGUACCUGAUACGGAGGAAUACGAGGGAAAUCAUUGGAGCUGUACUGCUUGUACUUUUUUAAAUCACCCAGCCUUAAACCGUUGUGAACAGUGUGAAAUGCCCAGGCAUUUCUGAGCCAGGGAGGCUCACUUAUCUUCUGUAAAUCCAACCUUUUGACUAUUGUGUCAUUUCCUUGGGAUAAAUAAUCAUUUAUGCAUAGGAUUUUGUAAAAUUGAACGUGUGACAAGGUUUAUUACUAAUGUUAAAUGUCAUGCUACAGAGAUAAUACCUCAGUGUUGUGCUGCAGGCAGCUGAAAUUCAUCAGCUGGAAGGAAAUCUCCUGAAAGACUUGGUUGCCAGCUGCCUGAAUCAUGUACAGUAUUACCAGAACCCCAGUAAGAGUAACUCUCAUCAUGUUCAGUGCUUGGGUGUUCCCCAACCGCCUUCUCCACAGAUGUCACUACUGAAUUUUUGACAGGGGAAGGGAUUAGAUUGAUGGCUUUUGGGUUGUUUGUAAAGCUUUCAGUGAAACACUACAUUCACCGAGGAAAUGGAAAGGAACAAGCUGAAAGUGUGUUAAACUGUUUGCUGCCGCAUAGGGGUCGUGAAUUGUAGAACUUCACAAAUCAGUGGUACUCUUCGCCUUGUCUUCCCAGCAAAAACACAGCUCUGCUCUGUGAAGACACAAAUCAGUACAAUCAUGUCUGAAGAUGAAAAAGAAACUGCAUGCUUUGUCUGUACAAUACUCACAGUGAAUACCCCCAAAGCUUUUCCUACUGUACAUAGCUCUAGAGCUGCUUUAAGUGCCCUUCUUUUCUUCACCUUUUAUUAUUUCUUGUACUUCUUAAUGUAUAGUGUAAUAGUUUUUGUUAACUUUCUUUUUCCCUUUAAGUGAUUAUGCACGAUCAUGACCCUUUUUUAAAAAAGCUUUUGAUCUGAGAGAAGUAGUGCCUUAAAAUAAGAGCAAUAAUAAUGCACAAAUAGCUCUCCACUGCCUGUUCUGUACGUUGCUCUUGUAAAUGCUGAUGAUCUGUAAAGAUCUGCAGAUGCAGCAUGGUGAAAAUGCAGGAAAAGUUGGAGUAUAUGCAUAUAGUUCACUCUGUACACUGAUUUUUACGGUGGGUGACACAAUGUAAUAUUUUUGUCUGGCACAAGGAAACAGAAAUUUAAAGUAUGUUCAACCCACCAAUGGAUCAGCAUCUUAAUAUGCUUGCUUCAUCUGCUGGAUAUCUUGCAAAUUCUUUAAGGGAUGAUUACUGGGGAAGUACAUACAGUACACAAAACAGUAGCAGUAGCAUAUAACAUCAAUGCUAUCAAUAUCUUGGCAGCCAGUUUCUAAACCCGAUUUGGUAGAGAAUAGCAAUAGUGUGAAAUACAGGCUAGAAAAGAGAAAUCAAGCAGACUUGAACACUGAAGCAAUAACUAAGCAUCUCUCUUAUUUUCAUAGUCCUUGCUAUUUGAUCUAAAGGAAAGCAUUCAGGUGAUAAGGAGCACAUAACUGAAACCACAAACGGUUUUGUAAUGCUCUCUUGCAUACUACAAAAAUGAUGUAGCAUCUCUUAGGAUAAGACAGGAGAGAGUGCUUAAAUGUAGCAAGAGACAAAGUAGACUGUCACCCACUGUAAAUAAUUUCCGGUGGACAUUUUUAACAGGAAUUUUACAAGUGAUCUAUGAAUACAAAGGCCUUUGUUUUAAAGGCUUUGAAUUUUUUACAAUAUGGGAAUAAAAUGACUGUCCCAAGUAAUUAGUCAGUAGAACCAAAGUACUUGCAUUGAAUGCAUUUUGUUUAUUAAAAAAGAAGCCUUGUUUUUCAGCUUCAUCUGCAGUUCUAUGUGAAGAUUGACAAAUCAAUUUUUACCUGUUUUAUUAAUAAAACCUAAUUUGGAUAUCUUGAGUUGAUGGUUUUGUGAUUUAGCUGGGUAAACUGUCUUUGUAACAGAUAAGUUAUUUAUAAAAAUUAAAAAAAAAUAUUGUAACCUAUGGUUUUGUGUCUUUUUAACCUACUAGUCCAGCUAUAAAUUCAGCCAAAUAAUAAUUGAAGAGUGUAGACAUCUUAUGAAGAUAGGAACCUCUGAGAUACAAAUAACAUUUCUGCUUCUGAGAAGAGGAAUGCAUAGAUGAUGAUGAGACAGCUGUUGCUUUUCUUCAAAGAAUUUAUAGACUAUUUUUGACCAAUGCAAGACUUUCAGUUUUGCUACUUCAAUCCCCUAAGCCAGGCAUGUCAAACCUGCGGCCCUCCAGAUGUUUUAGACUACAAUUCCCAUCUUCCCCAACCACUGGUCCUGCUAGCUAGGGAUCAUGGGAGUUGUAGGCCAAAACAUCUGGAGGGCCGCAAGUUUGACAAGCCUGCCCUAAGCUCUCGUCUGGAUAUUAGGUAAUAUUGCCCUUUAAUGCUAGAAUCUGGAAUGACAUUUUAAACUUGCAGUUUCAAAUCAGUUCUACUAGAGCAGGGUUUCCCAACCUUGUGCCUCCAGCUGUUUUCGGACUACAAUUCCCAUCAUUCCUGACCACGGGUCUUGCUAGCUAGGGAUGAUGGGAAUUGUAGUCUCAAAACAUCUGGAGGCACAAGGUUGGGAAACACUGUACAAGGCACAAGGACCCAUAGUGAGGUUUGUACAAACCACUUGCAGGAGUUUUAGCACUUUUUAAAUGAAGCACAAAUUCCCAUGUUUCUUUUUUUAAAAAAUAGAAGUGGUACACUAAACAACUGAAUUUGGUGCAAAAUGAACUGCUGCUUUGUGUAACUGAGGGUAGCAAACUGAUGCAAAUGGACAUCCUGAACAAACCCUAAGAUAAUCCUUUGGCUCACCAUUGAUCCUUCAAUCUGGACUCUGUUUGUCUUUGGAGUUGCCAACUUUUACAGCACAAACAUAUGCAUGGGUAUGCAAGAGCCUUUCUGUGCAAUUGUGGUCUUUCAUGUGGGCAAGGAAUUUUCUCAGUGUCAGGCCCAGCCUUGUGGUAAUUGCUAGCAGAGUGCUAAUUAGCGUGAUUUUCAAGUGCUGAGAAGCAGCUCGAGAGAAUUGCAAACAUGUAGCUUAUAUAGACAAUAUAACUCCCUAAACUAAAAGCGUUUGGGAGUAUUGUGAAUGAAACGGUGUAAUGGCACUGCUAGUGCACUGAAAGUUUACAUUUUGUGUCAAAUGAUGUUUCUGUGAAUUCUACCUACUGUGAAUGGAUUUUCCCUUCUGUAGGGAGGGAAAUACGAUCUUGUGUGGGUUGUCACUGCCCAUCUCACCACUGAGAGAAAACAACUCUUUUGAGAGAGAGUGUAUACCUGGGGCAGGGACAACCCCUUUAUCUCCAGUUCCAGUUUCCUGGCAGCCACUGGUGUCUUGCCGGCUUCUCUAGGCACAGCAAAAGAGAAGAGGCAGGAAUGCCAUAUUGGAAGGGAUUUUAAUUUUGUUUACUCCUUGAUCCUACUUCCACUUCCUUCUGCUACUCCUACAGGGUUUUUGUUUUCUCCAGGCUCUAUAGAUCUCCUCCUGCAUGGUAUCUAUUGUGUGGGCAUUUUGGGCCGACAGCCUGGGAGGCUUUCUGGAUGUUCUUGGUGAGGAGAGCCUUGGAAAGAGCUUAAACAGACCAAAGGGACUUCUCUCAGGAGGAGAGUUGUUUUUGGAGAUUGAUCAGAAGAGUCACUUGGUGUCUGUGUAAGGGCUCCUGCGAUCACCCCGACUCCAGUAGCAGCGAGUUCCUCAGCCAUGGAGGUAUGAGGGACCUGAAAAGCCUGCUCCAGCACUCCCAGAGGUUCUGGUAAGCUGGGAAAAGGGGGAAGGGGACCACUCAAGCCUAUGCACCCCUUGCAGGAUCUUGAAGGGCUGGCCUGUCUGGGACAGGCUCUGGGCUUACCUUAAGCCCCACAGCCUUCCUCCGCCUGCCACAGGCCCGUCAGGGCCCCUUCACCAGGGGCAGCAGUGGGGGAAGGGCUCAGGAAAGCCGCAAUAGGGUGGGUAGCCUACACACAGGCCCAGUAGGCUCAAGGGACCUGGUUCAAGGAGGAAGCCAUCCAAUCCAUCAACUGGUUGGAACUCAGAGUGAUCAGACGGGUCUUCCAUCACUUCAGGAGGCUGAUGGGGCAAGCAUGUGCCUAUCCGCCCUGACAACCGAGGCAUAUAGAUGCAAGGAGGGUGGCAGCAAGGCUCUGGCCCUCAUGUAGGAGGCCACCAUUCUUCCACCCUAGGUGGGUAAACACCCAGAAUCCCUGUCAGCAGAGCCUCCAACACUUGAGCAGUUGGGCUCAGCCGCCGGCAGCUCUAUCAGGUGGAAUGGAGUUCCACAGGCACUCAAGCAAAUGGUAGAUUGCUUCGACCCUCCAAGGUCCUAUUGGCAAGUCCAGAGCAGUGUUU